AUGGAACACUGUGAAAAACUUUUCCCACACAAUGGUAACAAGGCGAUCUUCGAUGAUCUGAGUCGUGUACCAGAAUCUGUAAGACCCAUCUUGGAAACUGUUUCUGUCUCAUCUCGCCCGAAAAAUGUCAAUGACUGCGUGUCUUUCUUUUCGAAUCUCCUCGUGUCAGCCAAUGUCAACUUAACACACGGAACUUUAUCACCAUUACUUGAUAUUCCCAAGUAUCCUAAUGCGUUAAUCGUAUUUGUCACUCUUAUUGGUAUUGUAUCUGUUAUAUCCAUCACCGGAAAUCUAUGUCUCGCGAAAGUGCUUUACUCGAAACGUUUUCGCCUUGUACAAACAGAUCGUAUUGUUUUAUGCCUCGCGUUGAGUGCGUUCGAUCGAUUUGUUUAUAUCCAUGGACAUACAUCAUCAAAUAACUCUUCGUGGUCGAAAUGGUGUCGUUAUGUUUCAACGAAAUCUGGUUCUAUGUUUCUUUUAAUUCUGCCAAUCCUAUGUAGUUUUCCAUUAGCAAUAAGCAAUUGUCUUCACGCACACAUUUCCACCGCAUCAUCAACAGUAAAAAAAUGCAUUCUACAUUAUACGAAUGAAAUCAUCAUCAGUCUAUUAAUAUCAUUUUAUAUUUUACCAAUCUUGUUUUCGUUUUUCCUACAUGCAAAAUUAAUAUAUUUUAUACGUUCGAGACAUAGUCAAGAAUAUUUAACUCGAAGAGCAUAUACUCUACCAAUGAAACGUCAAAAUCCAGCAAAGUGCCGACGUUUGAAUAGAGGCCUCAUUGAAAAAGGAGAUCCCAUACUUUUAUCGGCGCAAAAUGCCACUUCUCAACGCUUCAUUCUACUUAAUCACGAACUCACUCCAACAUCGACAACAGCAAUGACAACAUCAACAAUGGCGAUGAUUCAAUCUACAGGAGGAAUUUCGAAUGCGAAUAAUUCAUCGAAUUCUUCUCGAUCAAGUCGAUCUUCGGAACGAACGAGUAUGUCAUCCAUGGCUCCUCCACCCACUGUUUUAUACAAAAUCAAUUGUCAAGCAAAUGCUAAUGCGAAUCGAACUGUUGUUUUACUUGUUCUACUAUUAUCAUUCUAUGUUUUAUGCUGGGGACCAUAUAAUCUCUAUUCAUGGUAUCAAAUUUACGGACAAAAUCAAAAAUCCUCAUACACUCCGUCCAAUGAGACACUUCUAACUUCGAAUUUAUCAGAUAGUCUACGUCGAUUUCUAUAUAUCAAUUAUUCGUUAAGUUUAUUGUCAAUGGUCUCAAUGUGUUUCAGUUUUAUAUUUUAUUUCUCAUUGAACAAACAAGCUCGACAAGAGUUCUCACGGUUAUUCGGCUGUAUUUGCCCAUGGACAGUUUUUCGACAACAUCACCAACGAAAAAAAAAUGACUCACGACGUCCACAAUACCGAACACGCUUUCCCAAUCAAUAUGAGUAUCAAAAUGAACGAAUAAAACGCUCCCAGCCGUUGUUAAUUCAGAGUCGAUGUGAUCACUUCAAGCAUAAUAGACAAUUGCCAAACAAUCCGGUCAAACGAACAGUUAUUAACUACGGUUGUCAAAUUCAAUGUUGCCCAUAA